AUGGAGACAAGCCCUGCAUUAGUGCACCUGGGAUUCCUAACAAAGUUCAAUAUCGCAAGAUCCGAGCAGUUAGCAGAGAUAGCAGCAAGGCCAAGGUCGAAGUCCAGUUAUCUGUUCCACUAUGGAUUUGAGGAUCUCAUCCCAAUCCCCGAAGCCAAGGUCCUGAGAUUCUUGGAGCCCAUAAUCAAGGGUCCGAAGGUUUCGACAAUGAAGUAUACAUUUUUUAGAUACAACGAGUACAAGGAUCGUGGUGAAACUUCUUUGAUUGAAAAGCAACUAGAGGUUGGAUCUACGAAAUAUCAUCUAAGAGCAAGGUGGCUACAAGUAUUCCAGAGUGAUCGUGAUUGUCGUGAUCUUGUAACCUGUGGAUGUGCAGCUGGAGUUGCUGCUGCAUUUAGAGCUCCAGUUGGUGGUGUGUUAUUUGCACUUGAAGAGGUUACAUCUUGGUGGAGGAGUCAACUUAUGUGGCGUGUCUUUUUCACAUCUGCUGUUGUGGCUGUCGUGAUUCGUACUGCCAUGACCUGGUGUGGAAGUGGAAAGUGUGGACAUUUUGGGUCUGGAGGCUUCAUAAUCUGGGAUGUUUCUGGUGGUCAAGAGGACUACUCGUUUGAGGAACUAUUGCCAAUGGCUUUCAUUGGGGUGAUUGGAGGUCUUCUUGGGGCCUUAUUUAAUCAGCUUACUCUUUACAUAACUCGUUGGCGUCGACAAUAUUUGCAUAAGAAAGGGAAUAGAGUGAAGAUUAUUGAAGUCUGCCUUGUCUCUCUGUUAACAUCAACCAUUUCCUUUGGAUUACCACUUCUAAGAAAAUGCAGUCCAUGCCCAGAGUCAGAAGCUAAUUCUGGUAUAGAAUGCCCGCGCCCACCAGGAAUGUAUGGAAAUUAUGUGAGGUUUUACUGUGCCAAGGACAAUGAAUACAACGAUUUGGCGACUAUAUUUUUUAACACUCAGGAUAAUGCCAUACGCAAUUUAUUUAGUGCAAAAACAUUUCAUGAGUAUAGUGCUCAAGGCCUUCUUACCUUUUUGGUUAUGUUUUAUACCUUGGCUGUGGUGACAUUUGGUACUUCUGUUCCGGCUGGUCAAUUCAUUCCUGGAAUAAUGAUAGGAUCAACAUAUGGACGGCUUGUUGGCAUGUUUGUGGUCAACUUUUAUAAGAAGCUCAGCAUUGAGGAGGGAACGUAUGCUUUGCUUGGUGCUGCUGCUUUCCUUGGAGGUUCGAUGCGAAUGACAGUAUCCCUUUGUGUCAUUAUGGUUGAGAUCACAAAUAAUUUGAAACUUCUACCUCUUAUAAUGCUUGUUCUUCUAAUAUCAAAGGCUGUUGGUGAUGCUUUCAAUGAAGGUUUGUAUGAAAUGCAGGCCCGAUUGAGGGGCAUUCCUUUACUUGAAUCAAGACCUAAAUACCAUAUGCGGAGAAUGACAGCAAAGGAAGCAUGCAGGAAUCAAAAGGUUGUGUACUUUCCUCGUGUUGUCAAAGUUGCUGAUGUAGUUUCUGUUUUGCGGAGCAGCAAGCAUAAUGGCUUCCCUGUGGUAAAUGACCCAGGAAAUGGAGAGACACAUGUUGUUGGUCUCAUACUUCGUAGUCAUUUGUUCGUAGUUCUGCAGUCUAAAGUUGAUUUCCAGCAUAGCGCCUUUCCAUGUGAUAUAAGAGGUGGAUCCCUACCAAACAGGUACAACUGCAGCAAGUUUGUGAAACCUGUCUCCAGUAAAGGGAUGUCCAUAGAUAAGAUUCAUUUAAGUCCUGAUGACUUAGAAAUGUACAUAGAUCUUGCCCCUUUUCUAAACCCCUCUCCUUACAUUGUCCCUGAAGAUAUGUCUUUGACAAAGGUCUAUAAUCUUUUCCGCCAACUGGGAUUGAGACACAUAUUUGUUGUUCCUUGCCCCUCUAGUGUUAUUGGCCUGAUUACUAGGAAAGAUUUGUUAAUUGAGGAAAACAAGGAUCCGGCAACUGUGGAGCUCCAAUCGACUAGUGUAAGACCACGGUGGCAUGAUAGAAGAGUGCUUGGCAGGGAUUCAGAUGCAGAGCAUCCACCUCUUAAUGGUCUUUUGGUCCAAGAUUGAAGUUUAGACACACCAAUGUAUUCCUGAAACAAAGUUAUUUUAUCAAGUUCUACUUGUUCUACUGUCUGGUUCCUUCCCCAUUUUUCAUGCUGGGGCGCUAAUUACAUAUAAUCAUGUAUCUCAAACAAUUAAGAAACAACAGGUCUAGGGUAACACAGAUUCUAGGGAACACAGAGAGUUAAAUGAAAAGGGAAACCAUUGUAUGAAUAAGGUACCCCUUUCCACCCUUUUUUUUUCUGUGUAUUGGGGGGGGGGGGGGGGGGGGGGGGGGGGGGAGUUGGACUAAUGCAUGUAUAAUCAUAGUUGUGUAAUCUAUCCACUAGCUUUCAUUGUACUCAUACUAGUGAAUUGAAGAUUGAAGUGAAUUCUUCACAUGGAGGAGCUAUUGUCAAUCGAAAUUGAAAGAGAGAAAGAGCAGGGCAAAGAGAAGCUUCAGUUUGAAUAGUUUUUAGGGAUUGGAAGAUGAAAAUUUGUUGCCCUGAUAGUAAAAUUUCUGUAUUAUUUUUAAAUUUACUGACAAAAACAGACAAAAAAGCUUCACACACAUUUGGUUUCUCUGAUGGUGAGCGGAAGAAUCAUAAUAGCUUUCGUAAGUUGUUUAUCACAAUAAAUUGUCCCACAACCACCAUGGUUAUGGAAUCCCA